GCAUAUAGAGCUGGGAUGCGUAGUGUUUUUGAGACUCUGAAAACAAAUCACACCAAAAUCCCUGCAGCUCACAGUGACUCGGGGGAUCUGAAGCGGCAGCUCAGAUUGUAAACUCACCGUCAGAACAGCUGGUUUAGUUAGAAACAGAUUUUGGAUGUCUGCAGGGCAGGAACAUUGUGAUGUGGUGUACAGCUUGGCGGAAGAGCAGGACUUUGAGCAGGUCAUGAACAUCUGCAGUAGUGAAGACCACAAAAGGCUGGACUACAUGGCUGUUACCUUCCAUCGCUGGCUGCAGGAACCUGGACGUCUCGUCUUCAUCGCUAGGAUGAAGAACAGAGUGGUGGCGCUGGAGUCUGCACUGCUGGUUGACGGUGGUCAGACAGCCGUAUUUCAGGGUCUCAGGGUGGCACCGGAUUUGAGAGGCCGCGGGCUCGCUGGCACCCUCCAGAGGCACGUGACAGGCUAUAUCCGCCACCACUACCCAGAAGUCUCCACAGUCAGACUGAGCCGAGGAGACAAGCCUUCACCACAAACACUGGCCAAGUACCGACUCAUAGCUAAGGAGGCCAUCUUGUCUUUGUGUUGCGAGGCGCCCAAUCUUGGCCUCUUUGUUGCCGAGCUUCGUUCCAGACUCCCCUGCCUGCCUGGCUCCUCCCCCCACGCCCCGGUAACCCUGAGCCAGCAGCAGGCGGAGACUCUGGUCCUCACCGACCAUGUGGUUUGCAACCUGCUGCCUGGUAAAACCAUCAUCAAUGACUGGGAGCCUCUGAAGCCCAUGGAGGCAAACCUAGAGGUGCUGCGCCGUAGGGGGUUGACAUGGAUUGUAGAUCGUGAGUUUGAGCCCAUGACCAUCAGCCUGUGCACCACACCGUACGCUGUUCCCUACCGCCACGAUGCACUGCACUUCAACAUCAACAUCUUCGGCCGCAGUUUGUCUUCAGUGUGCGCGGUGUUUCUGUCUCAGCUUGAAGCUUUGCUGCAGAGUCUCGAAGGUUACCUGAUCUUCUACACCUACGUGGACCCUGCGGUUUGGCCCGGGCUUCGCCAGUUCUGCCAGAACAACAGCAAUGUGUCAUUCUAUCAGGACUACUGUGAGGAGUACGUACUGGAGAGAGACCUCUGAAUGGCCAGAUUCCAGGGGUUGUUGACGGAAUCUUCGGGGAGGAUGUAUUCUUGAAUGGUUUACAGAUGUAUUAGUCUAUAGAUGUUCUUUCGGUUUUAACCUUAUAUAUAAAUAAUUGAGAAAUAUUUUUCAAGGCAGACAACAUGAGACAGAGCGUAAACAUGCGACAAUGACCAGACAGGGAAUGAACAGAAACACCAGGUAUGAACAUAUAAUGAACAUACACCAGGGACUA